AUGUCUUUCCAUCAUUCCAGAAUUUCCUCGAGCUCCAAGCUCUCAUUUCUCUUCGUUUUCGGGCUUGUUUGCGCCGCUUUUGCCGCUGCUAUGCCUCUCUCCAGUGUGAGAUCGGAUGAGCCAGUUGCUAUAUUCAUACCCAGCCCAAACGUAGAUGCAACAACCAUUUCAGAGCGCGGCCUAAAGACAGUGAAGGUGAAGGUAACAUACACAGCUGAUCCUGCUUGUAAAGAACAAUUGCACCAGGAUUCAGUUUCAGCCAAGCUACAACGAGCCUUAGAUGUUGUAGCGUCGGAAUUAGGAUUCAUUGCAUCGAUAAGGAGAUGGGAAGGAGUACCACAUCGAAAAAACGGCGUGGUUGAUUUUGUAAUGGUUGUAAAGUCAAAAACCGUCACUGCAUCGUAUGAAGGCCAGAUAGGUGUUGGGACAUCCACUGUCGAUAUAGCCGACGAAAUAUUGACCACACUUCGAUUGGAGAGGCAGGACGGAAAGAGCAAAGGAAGGGUCAUCACGCUCGAAUCGGGUGAUAUUCAGGUAAAAUCCCCCAUAAAUUGA